GAUACAAAUACUACAAUGUGCCGAUGACUGCAAACCUAUACAUAGUCUCGGAACGCUGGAAGAAAAGGCCCUCAUAAACAUCGUCAAAAAUCAGAUUUCAAUGCACAACUUGCUAGAAGUAAUGGGUAAAGAAAUGACUCUGGCACCAAAUGAGCCCGGCAAGCGUAGGAGAUUGUGCUUUUACAAUGAUGCUCGAGAUGUUCUAACAGAUGGCAGGGGAACAGAUGAAAUGAAAGGCGUCAUGGUAAUGCCAGAUGGUGCAAUUCAAGAACAGGUUUCUUUGCAGGGAACAGAUGAAAUCAACGGCCUGAUGGUAAUGCCAGAUGGUGAAAUUCAAGAACAAGAAACAGAAGACAUAAAAUUGAGUGCUAGAAGUUUCUCUCGAAUGACAGAUCUUAAAUUUUUUAAGAACAGAGGUGCAUGCUUUUCUGGGGAAAUUAGAUCUCUUCCCAAUAGUUUAAGGCUUAUUGAUUGGCCUGAAUAUCCGUUUGGAUCUUUACCAUCGGAUUUUAAUCCAGAGAAGCUUGUUAAACUCAAUAUGCCUCGCAGCCGCAUGUCACAACUGGGGGAGACAUUCAAGAACCAAAGUUGCAGAUAUCUGAAAUAUAUAAACUUGGAAAGGUGCUCGUUCCUACAAGCAAUUCCCAUCUUCUCUAAAUUCCCAAAUUUAAAGGAGUUGAAUUUAAAUGGCUGUACAAGUUUAGAAAGGGUUGAUGAUUCUGCGGGAAUUCAUAAAAAUCUGGUUGUCUUAAGUCUUGCAGGAUGUUGCAAUCUUGCUGGUUUUCCACAAAGAAUGGCCUUAAAAAGUGCGAGAGAGAUUAAUCUUAGUGGUUGCAGAAUGCUCAAUACUUUCCCCGAAAUUGUGGGAGAGAUGGUAUCCUUAACGUGCCUGGAUUUAUCCGGAACGGCAAUCGCAGAGUUGCUGCCAUCGAUUAUACAUCUCGUUAGCCUUGCAAAGUUAACUUUAAGAGAUUGUCAGAACCUUAAAACUCUGCCAGAUAGCAUUUAUGAAUUGCAUCAUUUAUCAGAACUUGAUCUGCAUAACUGCUCAGAACUUGUUGAAUUGCCAAGGUGUGCAGAAUCACACGAAUCUGACUUGUGGCAUCUUAACCUGCAUGGUUGCAAGAAACUUCAGAAAAUUCCUGAACUUCCGUCGAAAUUGGAAUGGGUAAAUGCCGAUGGUUGCGAGUCAUUGAAAAAAUUUGCAAUAUUGUCAAACAUCUUGGAACAUAGAGAGUCAUCAAAAAUGAUCGCAUCUAUUUCACUCUAUAAAUGUCACAGACUGUGUGACAAUCUGCCUCGUGAUGCGGCAGGUAAUGAGGUUACUCUCUGCUAUCUGAUUCACUCUUCUAAGCAGCCUGAAUUCCAUUUGAUAUUUCCAGGAAGUGAAGUUCCAAGGUGGUUUGGAUACCGGGAGAAUUUAAAUGAUCAGCUUGUUGGUAAAUCUGAAUUUUGUUUCAGUGUUCCUGUAAACUUGAAAUCUGGGAACAAAGGAUUGGCUAUUUGUGCUGCAGCUACUGCUGUACAUGAUUAUGGAGAGUGCUCUUUCGCGGCCAGUGUUUACAUCAAUGAAGUAAGAAUGACUAGACGUUCCUUCCAGUUUGAAGCAAAACAGAUGAAGACGUCUGAUGACUCUGACCAGAUUGAGACGUCUGAUCAUGUGUGGAUGCGCUACAUUCCAUUCGUUGAGUUCGGGUUUCAUCAGCCGCCUUUUACCUGUCGUGUUAUUUUGGAACAUUAUAGCCAAGAUUAUUCGGUGCGCUGUACAAGCUAUGGGGUCCACCUGGUAAUGCCAAUGGUGAACGAUAUGAAGAUGGUAAACAAUACGAAGAUGAUGAUUGAUGAUGAAUAUGGUGAAAGCAUUCCAGGUACGAGCAACAGAAAUAAGACUUCUCCAGACGAAUAUCUUGUCCACCGCCAAAGAAGCAAUUCCUCGUCCAAAACACUAGUUUUGAAUUAGAUGAUGGAGGCGAUGAAGACCUGAAAGAUGUGAACAAUUUCCUCAGGACGUGGAAGGCCAAAGCAUUCAGUGCAGAGAAUAUCCACCAACUCUACUUCUUGCAUGUAUAUGUCUCUGCAGCAGCUCUCUGUACCAUCUCUUUUUAAUUUUUGUUUUCUUCUCCUUUUAGAGUGCUUCCAUUCAUAUCUUCAUAUUUAGUAUAUGAACCUCCUCUAUUUUUUUCUAAAUUUUAAUUCCUGUUCUGUCCUCUGAAAAAAAAGAAAAAAAAGCAAUCGUGUAUUCCUUCUCUAGAACUCCAUCCUUCCUCUUAAAUCUUCUGAAGAUUCAUACUCUUUCUCUCUCUCUCUCUGCUUUCUCAAUUUGUUUACUUCUAGUCAACCUAAUGUGUUGCAGACUGGCAGCUUACUUUGUAUUCAGUGCUCUUAUGUCUCUUUCUCUUUGUAUCAAUUAAACAAUCCCCAUUUCUGUGUGUAUGAAACUCAAAAAUACAUAGCUAGCUUCAGUUUACUGUUUGAACUCAACUAUCCAUAUUGAACUUAUGGUGCA